GGGCUUCGUGAUAUUAUAAUAGUAAUAUAUAUAUAUAGUAUUAAAAAAACCGAAAUUAUUAUUAUUUAUGGUAAAUAUUCUUGAAAAUUUCUCGAAAGAUAAUAUGGUUUGUUCGCGGAGUCGCUCGACGAUUUAAUUCUUUUAUAUAUAUAUAUAUAUAAAGUUAAAUAAUUAGCUAAACAUUUUUCUACGUAAACGUAAAAGAAAAAAAAAAACGUUCUAAUGACAUCAACUCUUCAUAUGAGUUUUUUGUUUUUUGUCAUUACAUGUAUAGAAACAUCAUAGAUCGUUAGAUGAAUAGUUAGACUUCGCAAUAAAUAAGGAAAAAUUCUUUUUAAGAACUUCGACAAAUUAACAUUUAAUAUACAUAGCUCUUCGUCUUUGUCUAUAUUAAAAAGUGUGAUAAGUUUAAUGUUUAAGGACAUUUUUCAACAUUUAUAAGUCGCUCCAAGAGUGAUUAUCAGCACGAAAGAUAAACUUCUCCUUACAUUGUUCUUUUUUACAACAUCGAAUGGACCAAAUCGAGAUUACAACGCAAGGAGAAGAAAAUCGUCAAACGAACGAGCUAUUUUCGAUACUCUUCAUUUGUAAUACUUAAAGCGAGAAUACAUGAAAAAAGAAACCUAAAUACCCGUUGUAUAAAAUCAUUAAAAAAAACUCAACGAAUCAUGCCGACCAUCUCAUCCGUGGAAUCCUUUUUUUUCAAAUGAUCGUCGCUAAGGAGAACAAACAGUCGUCUGUUUGUGUUUAAUCUGUCAUUUCCACGACACCUAUUCGUUCCUUGUGUUUCCUAUCGAUCGAACAUCUUCGGGACCAUUCUCAAUUAAAACAUCGUCGAACUGCUCGACACCAUCUUUUUCAACCCUUAAAGUGAUUCGUUCAAAAUUAUAAAAUGCGUGAGAUUGUGCAUAUUCAAGCUGGCCAAUGUGGCAAUCAAAUUGGUGCCAAGUUUUGGGAAGUAAUAUCCGAUGAACAUGGUAUCGAUAACACUGGUACUUACCAUGGAGAUUCGGAUUUACAAUUGGAACGGAUCAAUGUUUAUUACAAUGAAGCUUCUGGUCCCAAAUACGUUCCUCGAGGGAUUUUAGUCGAUCUUGAACCUGGUACAAUGGACUCUGUACGUUCCGGUCCAUUCGGACAAAUUUUUAGACCGGACAAUUUCGUUUUUGGUCAAUCAGGAGCCGGAAAUAAUUGGGCUAAGGGUCAUUACACCGAAGGAGCAGAAUUAGUAGAUUCUGUUUUGGAUGUAGUGAGAAAAGAGGCAGAAAGUUGCGACUGUCUCCAAGGCUUUCAGUUAACCCAUUCGCUUGGAGGAGGUACUGGAUCAGGAAUGGGCACCUUAUUGAUAUCAAAAAUUCGUGAAGAAUAUCCUGAUAGAAUAAUGACGACUUUUUCUGUGGUACCAUCACCCAAAGUAUCUGACACAGUCGUCGAACCCUACAAUGCUACAUUGUCUGUUCAUCAACUCGUUGAAAAUACUGACCAAGCUUACUGCAUUGACAACGAAGCACUCUACGAUAUCUGUUUCCGUACUUUGAAAUUAUCCACACCAACUUACGGUGAUUUAAAUCAUCUGGUGUCUGCUACUAUGUCCGGCGUGACUACAUGCUUGAGAUUCCCGGGACAAUUGAAUGCUGAUUUGAGAAAACUGGCUGUUAACAUGGUACCCUUUCCGCGUCUUCACUUUUUCAUGCCAGGGUUUGCACCUUUGACUUCUCGUAGUAAUCAACAAUACAGAGCUUUGACCGUACCUGAGUUGACUCAACAAAUGUUUGACUCGAAGAAUAUGAUGGCUGCCUGUGAUCCAAGACACGGAAAGUAUCUCACCGUUGCUGCUGUUUUUCGUGGUAGAAUGUCAAUGAAAGAAGUGGACGAACAAAUGCUUAAUAUUCAAAAUAAAAAUAGUUCAUAUUUUGUCGAAUGGAUUCCGAAUAAUGUGAAAACAGCUGUAUGCGAUAUACCGCCACGUGGUCUUAAAAUGUCAGCAACUUUUAUUGGAAACUCAACGGCCAUUCAAGAACUUUUUAAGAGAAUUUCUGAACAAUUCACAGCAAUGUUUAGAAGAAAGGCUUUUCUUCAUUGGUAUACAGGUGAAGGAAUGGAUGAAAUGGAGUUUACGGAAGCUGAGUCAAACAUGAAUGAUUUAGUAUCUGAAUAUCAACAAUAUCAAGAAGCUACGGCUGAAGACGAAGGUGAAUUCGACGAAGAAGAGGAUAUGGAGUAUAAAUAAAAUAUAAAAAAUACCUAACAUCGAAUGAUCCCGAUCGAAUAGGAAAGCAAGGAAGUGUUGUCCAA